AUGCGCCGCAAUGUUUUGAAAAGCUGGGCAGCUAAAGUCUUUCAAUACACCGGUUAGCUUCGCAUGUGGCUGUGUUUCUUUACAUUUCUUUCAUUUUGGAUCUAAUAUGAGGGCAAAUAAAACAUGCCAAAGUCUCUGAAAAAGUCCUGCACCAAGCAGACCUCCAUUAGCAGGUACUUCGGAGGGCUGAGCAGCAGCAGUGCCUCCAACUCUCAGUGUGGGAUUAUCCAAAACCCUGCUGAGCACCAGCUUUCCAGAGGCAAGCAGAAACCUUCCUCUGAUAAUGAUGAUUUUGGACUGCCAACAAAACGAGCCAAGCUUUCUUUACAAAACCAGCAGGUGGAGGAUUUGGACUGUGAUCCUGUUUACUGUCAGAGCACCAAAGGGAAGAAGCUAGCAUCCACAUCAGGCGUCCUCUGCUCGUCCACCUUGGAGAAGCUGAAAGGCUUCACCUGCUCGGCUGAGCCCAGUGUCGGGCGCAGUGACACUCAGAGGGAAGAAAAGGAGACGGGUGGGGCCAGCAGUAAAAUCUGUGACCAAGGAAGUAGUGUUUGCCCUCCUCAGGACAUUACAGAUCAACACAGAGUUAAAAACAGACUUCAAAAGACAGAGGAGGAGCAAGAGGAUGAAGAGGACGAAGAGGAGGAAACUGUAAAAGAAAAGGGGAGUUCGGGGCUGACGGCUACAAAACAGGCGUUGUGCUUGUCUCAGUUUGCCAAGUCAGGGGGAGGAGGUGGCGGAAGAGGAACAGGAAGGGGUGCAGAGCUGAGUGCUCCGUCCGACUCUAGUGCCCCCAACAGACGCUCAAAGAGCAUGUACACUCCUCUGGAACAGCAGGUCAUCCAGCUGAAACAGCAGCAUAAGGAUGCGCUGUUGGCUGUGGAGUGCGGUUACAAAUACAGGUUCUUUGGAGAGGAUGCAGAGAUUGCUGCAAAGGAGCUAAAUAUCGUCUGUCAUCUGGAUCAUAACUUCAUGACGUGCAGCAUCCCCACGCACCGUUUGUUUGUUCAUGUCAGACGGUUGGUGUCCCACGGACACAAGGUUGGUGUGGUUAAGCAGACAGAGACGUCUGCAAUCAAGGCCUCAGGGGCCAAUAGGAACGCUCUGUUCACCCGUCAGCUCAGCGCUCUGUACACCAAGUCCACUCUGGUGGGAGAGGAUGUAAACCCAGUCUGCAGACUCGGCGAUAUGGAUGAGGACGGCUGUGGUGACGUGGUGAUGGACCCUCCUGACAGCUUUCUGCUGUGUAUCAGUGAGAACUGGGACAAACUGAAGAAGCUUCUAACCUUGGGGCUGGUGGCAGUUCAGCCCAGCACAGGAGACGUGUUACUGGACUGCUUCCCUGAUGGUCAGUCUCGCUCUGAGCUGGAGGGUCGUGUCCUAAAGAUCAACCCUGUGGAAAUCCUGGUGCCCUCCAACCUCUCAGAACAAACCCUCAGACUCCUGCAGAGCAUCACCAAUGCCAGUGCUCAGGCUGACGACCGAGUGAGAGUGGAGAAGAUGGACAGCGCUCAGUUUGAGUUUGCCUCUGCAAUGAACACAGUCACUGAAUUCUACUGCCACUCCCAAGAGAAAGGCUCUCGCUCUCUGUCGAGUGUAGCAUCCUUGGAGAGCCCAGUGAUCUGCUGUCUGGGGCCGCUCAUCCAGUACCUUCAAGAAUUCAACUUAGAAAGAGUUCUUAGGAGUGAAAGCUCAUUCCGACGUCUAUCCUGUGAGUCGGACGGUAUGGUCCUCAGUGCCGCCACCCUCAGGAACCUGGAAAUCCUCAACAAUCAGACAGAUGGUGGUGUGAAGGGCAGUCUGUUGUGGGUGUUGGACCACACUCGCACCCCGUUUGGGAAGAGACUGAUGAGAAAGUGGGUGAGCCAGCCCCUCACAGACCCACAGUCUAUCUCAGGGAGGCAGGAUGCUGUGCAGGAGGUCCUGGAGUCACACUCUCUCACCUUAAAUUCUGUCAGAUCUCUGCUGUCGCAUUUGCCCGACCUGGAGAGAGGCAUCUGCAGCAUAUACCACAAAAAGUCUUCCACGCAGGAGUUUUACCUCAUUAGUAGCAGUCUUUCUCGCCUGGGGCUGGAACUGCAGGCCUUGCUUCCAGUUAUCCAAUCACAGAUCAGCUCGCCGCUGCUCCGAGGCCUCUUGUUGGACACUCCUAACCUGCUGGCUCCUGCCCACAGCUUCCUCAAGGUGCUCAAUGAAAAGGCCGCCAAGUCGGGAAAUAAGACCGAGCUGUUCUCAGAUCUGUCCGGCUUCCCGGUGCUGCGCGAAAGGAGGGAGCAGAUCCAGACUGUCCUAAAUGAGAUUCAAGAGCACCGCGAAGAAAUCCGACUGAUUCUGAAGGCCCCGGCACUCGACUACGUAACCGUCUCUGGACAGGAGUUUCUGAUUGAGGUGAAGAACUCGCUGUCGUCCAGUGUGCCACCUGGCUGGGUCAUAAUCAGCAGUACAAAGGCUGUCAGCAGGUAUCACUCUCCUUUCCUGGUGGAGCGCUACAAGAAGCUGCUGCAGCUACGGGAGCAGCUACUGCUAGACUGCCAGAGGGAGUGGACAAAUUUUCUAGAUCAGUUUGGGGAGCACUAUCACACCAUGAAAAGGGCUAUUAGUCACCUAGCAACCAUGGACUGUCUCUUUUCAUUGGCUGAGGUGGCUAAACAAGGGGACUAUUGCAGGCCAGAGGUGUGUGAAUGUCAGCAUCAGAUAAUAAUCAGGGACGGCAGACAUCCUGCUAUCGACCUACUGCUGGGAGAGCACAACCAGUAUGUACCUAACCUCACCGAACUACAGGGUGAUGGCAGAAGAACUAUGAUAAUUACUGGCCCUAAUAUGGGGGGUAAGAGCUCCUACAUCCGCCAAGUGGCCCUCAUCUGUGUUAUGGCUCAGAUGGGCUCCUACGUCCCGGCCUCUGAAGUCCGUCUAGGCAUGCUGGACGGCAUUUACACCAGGAUGGGGGCUUCAGACAACAUCUACAAAGGGCGUAGUACGUUCAUGGAAGAGCUGACUGAAGCCUCAGAGAUCAUUUCCCGUGCAACCAAGCGAUCAUUGGUCAUCCUUGAUGAACUGGGACGGGGCACGAGCACCCAUGAUGGGAUUGCAAUCGCCUAUGCCACCCUGGAGUACUUCAUCAGAGAUGUGAAAGCCCUCACACUGUUUGUGACCCAUUACCCUCCUCUGUGCGAGUUGGAGCGGGUGUAUCCUGAACAUGUGUCUAACUACCACAUGGCUUUCCUACUCAAUGAACCUGACAUCGCCACUGACACUAAUGAUGGAGAGGUUCAGCCAGAAUUCAUCACCUUCCUCUACCAGUUAACUGAAGGAGCUGCAGCGCGGAGCUAUGGCCUGAAUGUCGCCCGAUUGGCAGACAUUCCAGACCCUAUACUACACACUGCUGCACGCAAAGCCCGAGAGCUGGAGCGCAUAGUCAACGCCAGGAGGAAGAAUAAGAAACUUCUUUCAGAUCUUUGGCGCAUCUCGGACAAAUCAUCCCUUAUGGAGUGGCUGCAGUCAAACUAUUGACAUCGCUGCAAUGGUAGUCAACACCAUCAGAUCAGAACAUGAAGAGGAGAGAACCCAGCUGUCAGUGAAUGGCCAUGCUCAAAGAACAAUAUACAUGCUUUAGCCUUCAGGAGAAUAAACAUCUCUGGUGCUGGUUAUCGUCAUUGCCACCAUAAACAUCAUCAUCAUCAUCUGUACUGUAACCUAAUUGUCAUAACAUCAAUUAAUACCAAUUGAUCAAGGUUUGACCCACCAGACUAUAUGUGACAUCAGUGUGUAUUGUGAUAAAAAAACAAAACAAAAACUUC